GUCUAGUCCAUUUUAAGUAACAAGCUUCCUUUGGGCUUCUUUGAUAAAUCUAUAGACAUAGCUUUUCGCGCGUACGCGUUCAUUUUUUCUCUUGUUUGAGAAAGUGUUAAAGGCAAGUCUUUUUUUUUUUCUUCUCUAUUAUAAAGAAUAUAUUUUUAAAAGACAGACAAUUUUCCCUUUGUUUUAUGAACGACAAACCAGUACAUUUCGCCCAUGGUAAAAGGCAAAAGAAUUGAAGAAGAGGAGCCACCCAUUGCUACAAUUGAAGGUUGGGAAGAUGGUCAACCAUUUAAACGAGAGAUUCAUAAAUUAGAUCGUUGGGAACUUCAAUCGGCUGACACGCUGACAAUUCAUAUUGGUUCUUAUGACAUUGUGUUAGUACAAGACCCUCAUUCGAACUACUUGGGUGGAUACAUUUGGUUAAGUUCUAUCAUAUUUUGCUCUUAUUUGGAAAGGUUAAAGAAAAAGAAGGAUAGACGUGGUUUGAUCAAUUUGGACUCCUCUAAGCGAUGGGUUGAGCUGGGGUCUGGUAUUGGGUUACUUGGUAUAAUGUUACAUAAGCUCGGUAUUGAAGACGUAACGAUGACAGAUAUUGGAGAGUUGGUGGAUACGAUGGAAAGAAAUGUAGAAGCCAAUCAGAUAUCUGUCAAGUCUAUUAGUGGUAGAAGAAAGAACCAGGCCAAUGAGAAUACGAUUGUGAUAGAACCCUUGUUAUGGAAUAAUAAGCAAGAAAUGGAUUAUAUUAAAUCAACUGGGGAUAUUGAUUAUAUCUUGGCUUGUGAUUGCAUUUACUCAGAAGCGAGUGCUAUUGAUUUAGUAGAAACGAUGUAUUAUUUAUCAAAUGAGAAGACGACGAUUAUUUGUAUUAGUGAAGUUAGAAAUCAAGCAGCACAAGAUAAAUUUAUGACCGAGGCUUUAAGUAAGUUUAGAGUCGAAUUAAUACCAGCUAUUAAAUGGCAAAAGAAAAUCAAUCAAGUUAAAUUUGAUGAAACAGUCAACUUUUACAUGUUGAACAAAAAGACUUGUCUUUAAAGUCAGCAAAUAAAACCUGCACUUUUCUUUAUUAUUUAUUCUUUAUUCUUUUUUUUUUUUUUCUUUUUUUUCUUUUGUGUGUGUCUUGAUCAAU